AUGUCGAGAUCGCCGAGCUUCUGUCUGGACGCUCAACUCAGCUUUCUCUCCGAAGAGAACGACAGCUAUUAUCUCAAGAGUCUAGAGGCAGAGAUGAAGCAGGAAAAGGAACGAUAUCCUGGCGCCAGCAGCUGGGCUCCUGCUGAGGAGCGACUCUUUGAGAUUCUCUUCAUGCGACAGGACCUUCCGAUGCUGCCUCCAACCUGGGAUGUCGACUUGCGUGGUGUCCCCCUGUCGGAUGUCAUAUUCAAGACUUCGGACGACUUCCCUCCUAUCAUCUAUGCCCACUCCAAGGACUUUCGAGCAACCUUGGCACUCACCCGGUUGAUCGAUCUCACCGCAAAGGCGAGGGUCAGUAUCCAGAGUGGCCUUCGGAGAAAGGUCUCGCACCUCAUCAAGCGGGAACUCGACAAGUACAUCAGCUGGGCAGCCCAGGAUGCCGACUACGCCCACCUCCGCAUAGUGCCAAACAUCAUGACUGAAGUCGUCGACACGACCAUGUCCGAGUACGACAUCACAGAAUACAUCCAGGGCCGUAUGAGAUCCCUCGCCAAGCUACAGCGUGAGUUUCUCAGAGAGGAUUCAAAUCCGCAGUUCUGGGAUGUGCUUAAGCCGAGCAUCAUGGCCUCCCCCAUGAUCAAGGUUGAGCCCGAUGAUUGUUCGCCAGCGAUGGGAAGAUGGUCAGCAUCCACUGAGAUCCGGCGGAAUUCGCAUCUUUGUAUCAGCGAACUCUCGCCCGCAACGCCAUGUCCUGGUGGCAAGGUCAAGGUUGAGCCAGAACUUGAGAGCCCACGCAUUGCUCAAGCCAAGACCCCUUCAAGAGAAGCGUCACCCACACGUUCACUCUCUCCUCCAUCCCCGGUCGAGCCACAAACACCACCCAAAUACACCUACCGUCGCCAUCCGCCCGUCGUAUACGGCCUCGUCAUUCUCAACACUUCCGUUCUCCUCCUCACGACCGAUUCCUCGAAAGGUUCAGACGCCUAUGUCAGUUUUCAGGUCCAGAUCGACUUCCAGGAGGAGAACCAGAGCGUCUGGAAUGCCCUGACCAUCGCCAUCGCCGUGUGCCUGGCGCGAGAUGAACUGCGUACUCGUGUUGGCGACUUUGAAGAGUUGCCUUGCCUGUCAGAGAGUGACCCGGACGCUUAA